AUGCAACACACCUCUAGUCCUCACCUAGUUCUACCCAAUGGUGGCGGUCAGUCGUUUCCCUACAGACUAAAUGAUCCCAUGAUGACCAGCUCCCAACCAAAUCUUCAUUCCUCCUCGUCGGAUCGUCUGGUGUCGAGAAACCCUCCCCAUAUGAUAUCCCAUAUCAGAGACCCAUCUUCUACCCGUGGGAGACCUUCCGAUACCUCUCCCGUUACCCUUCAAUCCCUACAACCUAAGUCACGGCUGCGGACUCAGUCGCACUCAAAUAGCCCCGAAUCAGCUGGUGCGCGAUCAGCCGCGAGUCUAGAAGGUGAAGGGCUUGAGCGACGACCAUCAAACUCCUACGGACACCAUCGCCAGGCCUCCAUUGUCCACGGAAACAUCCAACAUUCUAGGAAUGCAAGUUUUGGAACUUCCUCCACCAUUGCCAGCCUUUUAAGCCCCGAAGAGAUUGCCUCCAUGGCAUUUGGGCUAAGCCACGUCAACGACUCCACUUUGAACGGAAAGCGGGACCUUGUUGAAUAUUCUUCAGGAUAUGCGGGCAGUGGCGCACCUAUAACUUGCCAGAUACAGUCAUUGUCUCUAGCAACUAUACAGGAUAGCCACAUUGCUGAAAUGUCUAGUGACACCCCAACACAGCGGAAAGGAACUUCAGGCGGGAAGUCGAGGCGAGAUCAUUCUCAUCAUCCGUCACAUUCUGCCAAACAGUCUCAGGAGGCAAAGACUGUUGGAGAAUAUGCUCUUCAUCAUUUAUUCAAUUCUUUUGUCGGCCAGGCAGAUGAAAAAAUCAACCGAUGCAUCAUGAGCAUCGGUGACUUCGAUACACCAGUGGAACAUGUAUGCGGUCCAGGUGCUGAUCCAACUUUUGAUCAACUCAUUUCAGCUCUAGGCCACAUUGCAAAGCAGAAGCCAAAACCAUUAAUCGACACUAUCAUGGUAUGGAGAAAGACGAAAGGGGAGGCUGCCUCUGCAGCGAAACACCCUGCCAGCCACACAAAGCAACUGUCCCUUCCUGUUCCUGGCCUUGCUCGCCGGAAUACAGAACCUACACAGGCCGGGCCUGAAACCCAAGAUCCCAACUCUCUACCGAACAAUUCACAUAUUUCAUCCGUAUCACGUCAAGAAGAUAUUCUGCUGGCUGAACGUCGUGCGACAGUUUCAGUUUACCUCGUGUGUCGGGUCCUGAUCGAGAUUUUCAACCAGAGUACAUUGCAAGCUAUCACGACCGAAAUGGCUGAUCGACUAGAAGACAUAGUUUUCGGACAAUUGAAGACAGUUGAUCCGGACCAAAUUGCAGCAUCCCCCCUCCGAAUGGCGAAUUGGCGUGUUUACGGUCAACUCUUGGGAAUCAUGAGCGAGUCCAAUUUUUCCAGCGUUACAAAUAGAUUUCUUGCGGAACUGAGCCAAUGUCAAAUGGAGGACUCGCGACUGUCAUCAGCAAGGGACUUGGAGACAAAAGCGGAGCUGCUUGUAUUUGGAAUGAGGCAUCUAAAGAUACGGACCUUCCCCGAGGAUGCUUGGAGUAGGUCCUGUGAUUUUCUACAAGCUGUGGCGAGAUUAUUCGUGAGUUCACACGGCCAGAAUCUGAAACAGGCAUAUUGCCAAAUUCUUGAAGCUUUCCUCCUCCCUAUCGCUGCCAACGUCUCCUGCGACUUGACAUCACCUAAGUGGAAAGAUUUUUUGGAUCUCCUCUUUCCACGGUUAUCUCAAAUUAUUACGAAGCCUAGACACUGGAGCAGUGCCUUUCCCCUUUAUACAUUACUUCUUUGCGCCUCGCCUAAAGAAACUUUCAAUAGUCAGUGGAUGUCUGUGAUUACCAGCCUCCCGCCAAAACUCAAGGACCGUCCUACCAGAGGGACAGCCCUCCAAGCGAUCUGCAGAUUGCUUUGGACCUAUCUUUUCCGUUACCCUGAUUCCCUUAAUAAUCCCCUUAGAAAAAUUGAUGAAAUCAUUCGCAUUGCACUUCCAGGUGGUAGGAGGACGUAUCUUACCACUGAGCCCGCGGUGGCAGAACCACUGACCGAGCUCAUUCGGAUGGUUGGAUUUAAGCAUCCUGAUAUGUGCUUCAGAGGCAUAAUAUUUCCGCUCGUUAAUUCGGAACUUAUCAUGUCUGGCAAAGAGUUGAAGAUUGAGCAUAUGGAACCCGAAAAAACGGUGAUUGGAAUUCGUUCUUUUCUGGCAAUAAUGGCCGACCUAGAUAACGGUGGCCACCAACCGCCUCCAUUUCCGCAAGACUUCGCUGCUGCUGACCGCCCAUUUCCCUCAUUUCCCUCAUUUCCCUCCGCGGAUCCGCGAACAGCAGACAACUUACAUCCAACCAAAAAAAAUGAGCGACAAGAAGAUAUUUCGCGACCAGUAAACACUGCUAAAUUGAGCGAGAAUUACCGUAAAUUUUACUACCACUUCUGUGAAAUACUUGGCAACAUCACGAUUUUAUGCGAUAAUACUUUUGGUGGUCAGGCAGCUCUGGAUGAAAAGUUCGGCGGAGUAACACCCAAAACUCCAAUCGCGGAUGCUUUCAGCUUUGGAAGAAAAGACGACCACUCAAACGGUGUUGACCAAAAGCAGGCCUUUUAUGAUUUGCUCCAUGUCGCUGUCCAAGCUCUUCCUCGGUGCCUUUCCGAUCAUAUUCCCUUCAACUCUUUGAUUAAUUUGCUGUGCACCGGGACUGCACACGUACAGUACAAUAUCGCUACCUCAUCGGCUGAAUCUCUCAAAUCUAUUGCUCGUCAGUCCCAUGCGCAGCAUGUUGCCAUUGGGUUCGCCCGGUUUAUUUUCAACUUUGAUGCUAGGUACUCGACUAUGUCGGAUGAGGGAAUGCUUGGCCCUGGCCACAUUGAAUCGACUUUGAAACUGUACGUCGAAUUAAUCCAGAUCUGGAUCGAAGAGAUCAGGCAACGGAGCAGAGAGGCAAGUGCAGAGCCGUCGGAAAAAGGUGGUGGGGGGAGCAGAGGAUUGCACCUAGACUUGUCGGCUGUUAUGGCUCAUGUGGAGGAGGUCGAAUCCCACGGACUUUUCUUCCUCUGUUCACAGUCUAGACGAGUUCGUGCUUUCGCAAUCACAGUCCUGAGAUUGAUUACCGAAUUCGACAGUGCCCUGGGCAAGACCGGCAAGGACAUCCCACGGAUAAUUCAUAUUUUGGAAGGCGAGUCGCAUAAAGUGCUAGAUCUGAAGGAUGAACUGCUUACUGUUGCUGAAAGAAGUCGACUUCAAAAGGGAAAGCAGAAAAAUGGGCCACAAAAUACUCUCAUUGAGAUCUGCAGCAGCGAGGUUUCCUACGACUCCACUCUGUGGUCGAAAGUGUUUCCCAAUCUCAUCCGUAUCAGUUUCGACACUUGCCCAUUUGCCGUGACCCUGGGCCGCGAAAUCGUUUGUGCUAGACUAGUUCAAAUGCACAACAGCAUUGCUGCUCUUGCUGAACAUUUUCAACCGGGACAGUAUGCAGCUCUUGAUAUGGCUCACGGUCGACCGGGACACCGCAGCAGCAAUUCGCCAGACAUAUUGGUUGAACAGUGGAAAUUGUACCUUAUUAUGGCUUGCACUACUAUCAACACUGCGGGGGCACAGUCUCAGAGUCAACUUGCCAAUGCCCAGCAUGCGCGGAAGAUGUCGAAGGCGAGUCAACAUCCCCCGGAUAAGAUUGGUUCAGCUCGAGCAUUGUUUGCUACUGUCAUACCCCUACUGUCAGCGGGUCCUGACUCCAUUCGCAAUGCCAUCGUCGUCGCCCUUGGCUCAAUCAAUAAACACCUGUAUCGGACAUUGCUGGAGUCUCUACAGUAUGCAGUUACAACAUGCAAUGAAGAGGCGCGGGUACGGAUCGGAUCUCACAAUCGCACCCCAAGUAGCCCGCGACGAAACAGAAAGACAGAUAGGCUGAGAACUGAAGUUACCAAUGUUUACAAGGUGACAUCGCACUUUCUGAAGGAGCCUGAGGUGUAUAACGACGACUGGAUUCUCAAUAACCUCGUUACGUACACGAAGGAUCUGAGGAUUUUUCUUAGUGAUGUGGAGGUGCAGAAUGACUUAGAGUUUCAAAAGCUGAGGUUCCAUUAUUGUGGAUUGCUGGAGGAACUAUUCGAAGGCAUCAAUAGAUCCAAGGACCCUUCCCGCUGGAUGUCAUUCGAGUCAAGGAAAUCCGCAUUUUCCCUCAUGGAAGAUUGGUGUGGUUAUUCACCGAACCAGUCACAGAUCGCUGUGCGAGAGGAAAAUAUGAGGAAGCUUGCGCUGGCUCGACAACGAGAACCGUGGGAGGUUCGAAGUACCGCUGCGUUGGAAAUUGAGAAGAGGAAUUUGAGAACGGCUGCUUUAAGUGCUAUGGCCUCUCUUUGUGGUGGACCUAUCAAGAUUAUGACAGAGAGCAAAGCCACUCUCCAGUUCGAUGUGCGACGUAUGCUGUCCUGGAUUGAUAUUAUUCUGAACACCGUUAGUGACAAACUACACGCCAUCGCCCGACGAGCUCUAAAAAAUUUGAUCAUUCACAAUAAGGAGUUUCCAUACCUUCUGGAGCAGUCAAUAGAAAUGUGCUAUCUAUCUGAAAGUCCGAAGGCGUUAGAAAGUUAUUUUGAGGUUGUUGCUCAGGUUUUAAUCGAGCAUACAGAUUAUCCGUUGGCAUUCUGGAGAAUUCUCGGGGCUGUUCUUUUCACCCUAGGCAACGCCAAGCGAGAAAUACGGAUGAAGUCUGCACGCCUCUUACGCACUCUUGAAGAACGCCAGCAGAAGAACUCCAGGAUCCAGGACUUCGACAUCAGUAUAUCCGAUAAAACAACUGCUGUUUACAAGCUAGCUCAAUUUGAGACAUCAAAACGGCUAGCACAACAGCAUACUGACCUCGCAUUCACGAUAUUUUCUGAAUUUUCGCUGCAUUUCAAGAACAUACAGCCGGACACUCAACGUAACAUGGUGGCCGCAAUCCUUCCGUGGAUCCAGGCAAUCGAACUUCAAGUGGAUCCAAACGGCGGGCCUACAGCCAAGUCUUACAUGCUCCUUGCAAAUCUCUUCGAGAUCACGAUUCGCUCAAGCACCGUUCUCCCCAACGAAGUCCAAGCUCUCUGGCAAGCUCUUGCAACAGGACCCCAUGGGGGCAAUGUGCAACUCGUUCUGGAUUUUAUCAUCAACCUGUGUUUGGAACGUAAGGAACAAAAUUUCGUGGACUAUGCCAAACAGAUUGUUGUUUUCUUGUCUACAACCCUGGCAGGUUCUAAAGUCAUUGAGUUUUUCUUGAUGCAAGUCGUGCCUAAAAACAUGGUUCAGGAGAGAAGAGAACCAAUGCCACCGCCUCCUGAUUUGAAGGGCUUGCCAUAUGUUGCUGAUCUCGGGACUGUUUUGCCAGUAGGCAACAAGCAGGCUGGCUAUUCAUUGGGCCAAGUUUCUCUCAUUUUCCUGGUUGAUCUGAUGGUAUCUCCUGUUACCCUCGGGCUUGAUGACGUGGUGAAAUUGCUCCAUGUUGCGCUUAUUUUCUGGGAUCAUUACACGCUCACGGUGCAAGAGGAGGCCCGUGAGAUGCUUGUCCAUUUAAUCCAUGAGCUCGUUGCUUCGAAAAUUAGUGACUCCCCCGAUGAUAUGAGGCAAUCUAUCGAAGAUUUUGUUGAAUGUAUCCGUCAAGGUGACGCCACCGUUGUCUGGGAGUAUGAGGAUAAUAAUGGCAAUGACGAUGACCAGGACCCUAGUCGAGUGCCCGCGUCCAUGCAUCGGGUGACGCAAGAUGUCGCCAACUUCUUCUCUGCUGCUUACGAAUCGGUGAAUGAUAUGUGGGCUAAAGAGGCAUUGAACUGGGCUACUUCAUGCCCAGUUCGGCAUCUUGCCUGUCGGUCAUUCCAGGUUUUUAGGUGCAUUUCUACCUCACUUGACUCGAGAAUGCUAGCGGAUAUGCUCGCACGACUGUCCAAUACCAUUGCAGAGGAGGAGACCGAUUAUCAGACUUUCUCGAUGGAAAUUCUGACAACCCUGAAGAUCAUCAUCAGUUCGCUUGCCCCGCAGGAUUUGCUUCGCUACCCGCAGCUCUUUUGGACAACUUGUGCAUGUCUCAACACCAUUCAUGAACGCGAGUUUAUGGAAAGUGUUGGCAUGUUAGAAAAGUAUCUGGACAAGGUGGACAUGCGUGAUCCGGUUGUGUUGGCGAAACUCAGAGAAAGUAAACCGCCAAAGUGGGAAGGUGACUUUGAAGGCAUCCAGGUGUUGAUAUACAAGGGCCUUAAGUCUGACGAAUUGCUGGAUAGGACUUUGACCGUCAUGCAUCGGCUUACCGCCCUUCCCAAUAAUGAGCUGGUAGGUGAUAGUUCCCGAUUGCUCUUUGCGAUUCUGGCAAAUCUUCCCGGGCUACUCCACCAGUUCGACCUGUCUGAAAGGUCUAAGGAAGUCGUGGAGCGGGCCAGGCUCCUUGCCUCAGGCUCUGAGAACAAUGGAUAUACCCAUCUUUCUGAUUGCCUAUUUGGAUUCUCAAGUGGCCAUUAUACUCGAGGUCAGGAUCUUCUGGUAGACGCUGUGGCAGCCAUUCGAUCAUAUUAUUUCCCUGCACAUGAUGUACAAACCCUUGUCUUCCUUAUGGGGCUAUUGACAAAUACAACUGCCUGGUUCCGUAUUAAGAUCAUGAAAAUUUUAUGCGCAAUAAUUGCGGAAAUGGACAUGCGUCGACCCGAAAUAGCGUGCUAUGGGCCUGAUCUCAUAUCUCCACUACUUCGGCUAUUACACACCGACUUGUGUCCCCAAGCCCUCGAAGUGAUGGACCAUAUCAUGACUGUUUCUGGAAACCCGAUGGAGCGUCACCAUCUAAGAAUGAGUAUGGCUUCGUCAUCCUCGUCUCGGGCGAUACGCAAGGAGUUUGAGCGUAUUCAGAGUUUGUACGGAAUACCUGAGCGGACCGGAUGGUCUAUCCCAGUUCCUGCUGCACAGUCAAGCCUAACGAGGAAUAAUGUCCAUGCUGUUUUCUACACCUGUGCAGAAGCUGAUGGAUCGGAGCAAACCACAACAUCCCCUGAGAUGGAAUUCCACGCAGAUGAAUAUAAUGAUCCGUAUUUCCCAGGUCUGCGCGCUGACACGAUGAAGUCAAUCGAUACACAACAUGACGGAAACAUGGGUGACCUCCUACAGAAAUUAGAUAGCCUUGAUGAUUUCUUCGAUGAAUCCGACGCGGCUCCGCCGCUUUCAAAUUCGAUUUCAGGUAUUACACUACGUAGUUAUAUAAGUGACUUCCACGACGCCAGCGCGAAUCUGUACGAUCAACAAACAGCUCCUCUCCUACGCAAGUCUCUAGCUCGAACCGCCUCAUACUCCUCAUUUCACAAUGGCCUCGCUGAAUCCCGACCAACCACCGGACGCACUGACCCUAGCGGGAUACAUACCUCACCAUUAAGCGUAACAUCCGCCCUACCACACUCUCGAAUGUCCAUGCACACACGAUCCGUCACGUCACCCGCAAAUACCUACCCCACCAGCCACCAAAUACCGAUGCCUUCGUUCGGAAAUUCUGGGCUCCCUUUCCUAUCCGAUGACGAGCUUGAGGACGCGCUAUCUGACUCCGAUGAGCGUUUCAUUCUCAACCAACCAUCGUCUGGCUCAACCACAUCUCCGCGCCAUGGUAAUGAGGGCCCCUUUUCGCUCGAGUCCGUUAUCCGCAGCAGCGUCCGUCGCUUGACCGGUGGAACUUCCUCCACGAGAGAAAAGGAGCGCCAUCGGGAUCUGUUCAGAGCUCAGCAUCGCGCGUUUGCCCAAACCUCCAGCUCGCCGAGGGUACCGAGAGUUCCGGCGGAGUAUCUUACAAGCCCUGCGGCUGGUUCUUCUGUGUCUAACAACAGCGGCGCUGCAAGUGGGCCGGCUUCUCCAGGUCCAUAA